UUUCAAGUGAACUGAGUUGAUUAGAUAUUUAUAUUUACAAUUUUACCGCGCGGUUUGUAAUGGGUUUUUAAGUGAUGUGUGAUAACGUUGAGAAUUUUUAAUCAAAAAUUCCCAAAGAAGAUACUCUUAGCAUCAGUGAACUAUAGAAUCUAGCUGAGAAAAGAACUAAUUUCCCAUUAUUUUAGAAACAGAAAUGCACCCACUUUAAGAGUUGAUUUUCAAAAUAUUGCAGAUGCACCUCUUCUUGUUGGGUCAUUUUAUCGGGUAGCUGGAGAAGUUAUAAGUGGACAACCUAUUACAGUGAAAGCUGCAAUUGUUAAAAAUGUGGAUGGAAUUGACUUGCAAAUGUUUAAAGAAGCUGUAAUUUUAAGGCGAAAGCAUUUAUAAAAAAUUUACAGCAUUAAGGUAGCUUUGAAUUUAUACCAAAUAAGAUGUCAAAAAUGAAACAAGCUACUCUUACUUCUCUUAAGGGUGUAGUAGUUGUUGAAGAUUUUACUAGAUAUAAGAAUGCUCUUGACAAUCAAGACGAAACUGAGGAGAAUGUUAUACAAAUUUUAAAUUCCUUAAAAGAAAAGAAGCCUGGAAAAGAAGUUAUAUCUUCAACUGGCAUUGAUAAAACAUUACAAGCACUUGAAAAUCAUCCCAAUAAGAAAAUUGCUGCAGAAGUGGCAGAACUAAUUCAGAUGUGGAAUUUAAUAGGUUCUGGUAAAAGGCAACCUACAGUUGAAGUGAGAUAUGAUAAUCUAACUCGACAUAUUCGUAGAACUUCAGUGCGCUUAUUUACAGAAGCACUGGGUGGUCAUGAAACUGAUGAACAAUGUGCAGAUAUUUUGGAAAGAGAGAUUUUUCAUAAAUGUAACAAAUUCAUUACUAAGUCAUAUAAAAGAACUGUUCGAAAAAUAGUCUUUACUCUUCGGCAUCAGGAAAAGAAAAGAAAAGCCUUGAGAAAGUCUGAAUUUACUCAUUUACAAUUUGUGGCAGAGCACUUUUGUCCUUAAGUUGUGUCAUCUAAAGAAAACAUAGCUGUACAUUUAAUAAAUGA